AUGGCUGAAUCACUCCUUUUCAGCAUUGCACAGGGUGUGCUGGGGAAGAUAGCAUCUCCGGCGUUCCAAGAAGCUGUCGCCGUUUACGGUGUUGAAGAUCAGAUCCACGAGCUUAAAGAUACGAUGGAUGCCAUUGCAGCCGUGUUGUUAGAUGCUGAGGAGCAACAGGCGAAGAACCACCGCCUGCAACUGUGGCUACGUCGGCUUCGAGACGUGUUGUACGAUGCGGAGGAUGUGCUCGAUGAACUCGAGUGUGAAGCCUUACGGAAGCGGGUAAUCAAUCGUCGUAAGAUCAAGGAGAUUAGGGAGACAUUAUCAAAAAUUUCCGUCGAAAAGAAUCAGUUUGAUCUUAAUGUGCGGAGUGUCGACAAUGGUGUGGUGCAUUUGCGAUCGCGAGAGAUGACUUACUCGUUCAUAAACAAGUUGGAUGUCGUCGGAAGAGAAAGUGAUAAGGAAAAGAUAAUUGAGAUAUUAAUGCAAUCAGAUCGGAAAAAUCUCUCGGUGAUUCCCAUUGUCGGAAUAGGAGGUAUGGGCAAAACGGCCAUAGCUAAAUUAGUUUAUAAUGACGACAACGUGAAAGAGCAAUUCGAAUCAGGACUAUGGGUGUGCAUGCCCGAGGACUUUGAUUUAAAGAAAACUAUCGAAGGAAUCAUCAAAGAUGCAACUGGUCAAAGCUCGAGUAACCUUGACAUUCAGCAAUUGCAAACCUCUUUGCGAUACAUCAUCAAAGACAAGAAAUUUCUACUAGUCUUGGAUGACGUAUGGAGCAACGACCGCAGUAGAUGGGAAGAAUUGAAAGCUUUGCUAACCGAAGGAGAGAGUGGAAGCAAGAUAAUUGUGACAACGCGCAGUUCAAAAGUCGCUUCAAUAACGGGUACCCAUCCGGCACAUAAUCUAAGAGGUCUUUCUCAUGAAGACUCCAUGGCCUUGUUCAAAAAAUGGGCUUUCGACCAAAAGGAAAAGCACCCACGUCCUGAUCUCCUUGAAAUGGGAGAUGACAUUGUCAAAAAAUGUCAAGGAGUUCCUCUCCUUGUGAAAACUUUGGGGAGUCUACUUUUCGCAAAGGACGAAGUACCAUAUUGGGCUCAUAUAAGAGAUAGCGAGGUAUGGAAGUUAGUGGAAGAAAAAGAGGACCUUCUGCCAGUACCUAAGCUCAGUUAUGAUCAUUUACCGUCCCACUUAAAACGUUGCUUUGCCACAUUUUCGCUUUUUCCCAGAGGGUUUGAAUUUCGUAGCGAUCGUUUAGGUGCCUUAUGGAUGGCUUCAGGACUCAUUAGUUCAACAACGGAAAAAGAAGACAGUAGUGUUGAGUACGUCAGAGAGUUGUGGAAGAGAUCUUUGAUCCAACAAGUUGAGGAGUCCGAAUCAAUAUUAACUUUUAAAGUGCACGAUCUAGUCCAUUCUCUUGCAACGAUUGUGGCUCGAAAUGAUUGCUCCAUUGUUGGCUUAGACACUGAAGAGAUUUCGGAAAGAGCACGAAAUGGUAGUCUUGAGGAGCUUCCAAGUUCAAUAUGCAACUUGAAGCAAUUGAGGACGUUACUUCUCUCUGGGAACAAGCGACUGAAGAAGCUUCCGGAUACCAUUUGCGAGCUGCAGAGUUUGCUACACUUAUAUCUCGAUGGUUGCUCAGAGUUAGGCGAAUUACCCAAAAAUAUGCAGAGGCUUGUCAGCCUUAGACUUCUAACCGUAACAACAAAGCAGAAGAGUUUGCAAGAAAGUGGAAUACAAUACCUAGAAAAUCUACAGUUGUUGGGACUCAAUGGAUGCCAAAAUCUACAAGUUUUGUUUGAAGGCACUUGUCGACUGACUUGCCUUCGACGGUUGGAAAUUGUUAAUUGUAGGGGACCAAUAUCUAUUCCUUUUGUGGAAUUAACUGCCCUACAGAUCUUGGAGAUUUUUGAUUCAAAGCUCAUGUUGACCGAGGAGAACAAGCCCAUUUUUCCUUCGAAUCUUCAUACACUGGCAAUAUCAAAAUCCGAACAAGUGAUGGAGUUGCUGCAGUGUCUGGAUCGAUCUGCUUGUAAAUUGGAGUCCUUUUACGUAUAUGAUUGCCCGAGCUUCACCGCUAUACCCGAAUGGCUGCCCAAUCAUUCACAUCUCAGAUACAUCUUCUUGAUCAGAUGUCUCAAAUUAUCAUCUAUGCCGCAAGGAAUCCAGUCCCUCACUGCCCUCAAAGAAUUACGAGUCGAAUAUUGUGGUGAACUGAGCGAGAGAUGUCGACCAACAACGGGCGUGGAUUGGCCAAAAAUCGCUCACAUUCCUCGAAUCUGUCUUGAUCUUGUAUGGGUACAAUGGAUGGAGGAUUAG